GGAUUUCGACUUGUGGAUGCUCUUCCAAACCCAUCACCUCUCCUGGGAUCCAACUGGGGGAAUCCAAGAAGAUACGUACACCUGCAGACGUCUUCAGACGUGAACAAUUUCUACCUUGAGAUCCGUUUAAAUGGCCACGUGCGCAAAACUACACUUCGAAGCUCAUACAGUAAGUUCAUAUUACAUUUUUGGCGUUUCGUUUUGAAAUAAAUUUGUUUUAAGUUUUUGUCUUUAAUCUGCUUCUAUAGGCUAACACAAUUAAUUUCCUCGACAGGUGUGAUUUUAUUAAAGGCGGAAACAAGAGAGCGCGUGGCAAUACUUGGAGUCAAAAGUAACCGCUAUCUGUGCAUGGAUGCCCUGGGAAACCCUUUCAGCUCUGUAAGUAAAUGCUAAUUUUCAUGAUUAAUUUAAUUGAAAUACAUGUUUUCUUAACAUUUAGAAUAAGACUCGUGAGAUAAUUGAAUGGCACUUUUUACUAAUUUGAACCAUUUCUGACAUAAACCAAAAAUGCGCUUUUACGCACGGAUUUCAGACCACUUUUUUUGUUGUUUUUUUUGUUUAGCACUCAAGCAACACUUAAACAAUUAAGUUAAUGGAUGUACGUUUCUAUAUUGCGUUUUUACGUAAACCUAUGAAUGUAUCUGUUUACAGACCGUUUGCCACAAGGAAGACUGUCUUUUUAACCACAAGCUAUUGGAAAACCACCGCGACGUGUACUACUCUUGCAGAACUGGUAUUCUGCUCAACUUGGAAGGGGCAAAGCAAGUGUACACUGUGGGUCAGAAUCUACCACAUACCUCCCUCUUCCUAUCAGAGAAGAACACGGUGCCCCUGGAGCGCCUCUUGCACCGGGAGAAGAGAAACCGGGUGGUUGACCCUUCUGAUCCGUACAACAUGCUGGAUCAGACGGAGGAGGAUGAGGACUCCCGGGCUAUGCCGGAGCUGGAUGACACCUUGGAGACAAACCAGGAGGCUGAACUCCCCGAGGGCCGCAACAUCUCCAGGGAGACCCCCCAGUCUCCCUCCGACGACCCGUGGAACGUGCAUUCCCUAAACCCCCCUCCCAGCCCCCGUAUCAUGAAUGCAAUGGUGGGAUAA